AUGAUUUCAACAAUACUCGGACGUAGUUCAUUUGCUGUGCUCGCAUCUUCCGUAAAACUAGCCAACUAUUCGGCAUGCUCAUUUCGUCAUUUAAGAACGAUGCCAUCUGAAGUCGAUAAGGCGCAAACUGCGGUUGCCGGUGGUGACACAAUUUUCGGAAAGAUCGCUCGUAAAGAAAUUCCUGCUAAGAUCAUUUAUGAAGACGAUGACACAAUGGCGUUUCAUGAUGUGUCACCUCAGGCUCCAGUCCAUUUCCUUGUCAUUCCCAAAAAACCUCUAGACAUGCUUCAGAAUGCCACUCAGGAAGAUGAGGCAUUAUUAGGCAAAUUAAUGCUGACAGCAGCGAAAGCGGCGAAGAUGUUAGAUUUAAAAGAUGGCUAUCGAGUGGUUGUAAAUAAUGGACGUCAUGGAUGUCAAAGUGUUUAUCACUUGCAUUUACACAUUCUUGGCGGACGACAGCUUUCUUGGCCACCCGGAUAAUUUAUUUCAAUAAGAAUUUAAUGAGAAAGAAACACGGUUAUAUCGGUGAUUGUUGCUUUUUGGUUUAGGAUUGAUUCUUGUUUAUUUUUUGUUGUUCAAUUGGUCGUAGGAAUGCUCCUGUCGUUUUUCAAGAUUCUCAUCUCGGGUUGUAAUUUAUAUCAGUUAUGAAAGAUAUUUCAUUAUUUGCUUGCGUGUCACUCAUUUUGCUCGAUUCCAGAGAACUGCUGUUAUAUGUUGAGAUUUUAAGUAAAUAUUUCGCUUUGUA